AUGCAGCCCCUCAUCCCCCGAACCUACAAAGAACGCCUGUGGGCACACGAAGACCCCUCGCGCGUCCCCGAACGGCUCACGCGGGGAAAGCGGCGGGUCCGGUAUCGCCAGCUCGAGCGGGACAUUGGCGAGUUCGAGACGCUAGUUCCGACGCCUGUGAGAGCUGGGGGUACCGUAUCGCCGAGAUCGGGAUCGAGUAGGGGGUACGAGACGGACGACUACGCGCAUGAUAGGAGCGCUAGCUACGAGGGUCGGAGUCAGGUUCAGUGGGCAGCGAGAAGCCAGGACGAGCAGAAUCGGCGCGAGCGGGAUAUCACGGCGAGUGUGAUGGGUACACCGGCUCCGAUCCGGUAUACAGCUCCCAUUCCCGCUACGCCAGGGUCUGUACAACGCGAGGACGACGGCUGGGUCACGCCCACACCUGUGCCGGUACCGUCCACACCAGCACCGAGGACCCGGACUGCGACGCCGUUCUCGAGAGCGCCGGCGUCAGAGCCGCCGUUCACUCCGACACCAGCGCAGCGGGUCCCUCCUGUCCUGUCCUUCCCUAACAACACCCCUCUCAAAUCCCGAGCACUGCCUCAAGCGGACCCAUUUCAGACUCCUCUUCGAGCUCCAGCCAAAUUGCCAGCCCGACCUGCAUUCGCCCUACGCGUUCCUCCUGCUCCAGCCACUCCCGCUGCGCCUUCGAUCCAAGCAAGCGUACCGAGCACGCCUCAUCGGAGUAUGGAUAUCACGCCCCGUCGGCCCUCGAUGACGUCUAUCAACCCCGCAACCCUGCUCACCCAAGUCAGCGAAGAAGGGACUCCUGAGCCGUCGCCGCAGCCAGUCUCGCCCUUGAGGCCCGGCCCGACAUUCGUCGCGAACAGCUCCUUGGACAGCCUGUACUCCCGCUUGCUGGCUCGAUCCAUUGCCACACCUCGCCGACCUCGGACUCCACCUGCUCCAGCGGUAGCGCCCAUCCAGCCACCUACCCCGCUCGUCGACCUCGCGCCCGCCGAGCCCGCUCGCCCCGAUACACCUGCCACCGCCCAACCCUCCGUUCGCACACAAGGGGUCUCGAGCUCAGAUUCGAUCCCGGUCCUCGAGCCGCACAGACCCUCAUUGGCCGAAGCGCGAUCACCGACACCCGCCACCCCGAACCUCAAAUCGGCUUCUCCAGCUUCUAUCCCCCUUCCCGAGACGCCCCGAGCUUCCCCCCCCGCCCCAGCGCCCUUCCCAUCCCUUCCCAUCCCCAGCCCGCCCGUUCCGGCCAGUCACCUCUCAACGCCAACUUCUGCUUCUCCCCCGCAUCUUGAUCUUGGUACCGUAGCGUCUCCUCCUCCCGCCUCUUCUUUUGACGUCAACCCUAAUUCCGCUGGUCCAGCCUUAACACGCUCCAUCACACCGACAAUGCGGGGGGCAGGAGGCUUCGAUGAUGUGCUCGGGCGGAUCCGGACCGCCCGGAACAGCACAUACGAUGAUGAUGGCGGCACUCCACCGGCGCCGAAGAGUCGGUAUGACGAUUUACCGAAGCGGCCGGAUAGUACACGGCCAAGGGGCGGUGAGGAGAAACUUGGGGACAGGAGCUCAGACCUGAUGGAGGCGCUCCAGAAGGAGAAUCGGGAGUAUAAGCGGGAGGUAGGCAAGAUGCGACAAGAGCUCGAUGAGCUGCUUUGUGCCCGCAGCGACGCCAAAUCAUCUUCCGGCAACGAUGCCGCACUCCGCGUCGCCGAACGCAAGAUCCGCGACCAAGGCGAAGCGCUCGAAGCGGCCGAAAAGUUCGUCGUGUCGCUGGAGCAAGAACGGCGGACUGCGGCUCGCAAUGUGGCUGAAACGCCUAUACGUCCACGCCCCACGGCACAGACGCCCACGCGAUCGCGAUACCGCAGCGAUACGCCCUCGCCCACUCGGCCCCGAUCCCCCAUACUUGCUGCGAGUCGCCGAGCGGACGAGCUGGCCGAGAAGAACGUGAUGCUCAAGGGUCAGAUCCACGAUCUCAAGUUAGCGCUGCAGAAUAUGGAGCAAAAGUUGAAGGAGGAGGUGGACGCUCGGCGGACGGCCGAUUCGCAGGCUCUGGGGGCGCGCAGUCAGGCGAGCAUCGCGACCAAGGAGAAGAAUGGGCUGGAGAGUAAGAUCGUAACGCUCGAGAGGCAGGUGGAGGUCGAGCGGAGGCAGAGGUAUACCGCUCUGGACAAGAUCAAGACAUUGGAGAAUUCGAAUUUCGGUACUGUCCAGUUGAGGCAGCAGGUCGCUACACUGCGCAAUUCAGUAACUUCGGCCCAGCAGGAGCUUACCAAUGCCCACGACAAGUUCAGGGAUAUGAGCAAGAAGAAGUUGGACCUCGAGGAUAAAGUUAAAAUCGUCCGGCGGGAAAACGAUUCGCUCAAGAUCGAUAACGACGAACUCAAGUCCCUCCUGAUCUUCAUUCAGUUGAAGAGCGAGGAACAGCUCAUCAAGGAGAAGGAGCGACUCCGGGUCGAACUGAUCAAAGAAGGGUCCCAAGUCGCGGAGCGCCUCCGGGGAGAGCGCAGAGAGCUCAAGUCCAAGCUCGCAGACUCCCGCAAUGAGAUCCAGCAACUCAAGCGCGAAGUCGAGAUCCAGAGUCAGGCCGCCUCCAGAGCGGCCAAGAAACAGCGGUCCGAGGAGCGUAAGCGACGGCCUGUUGCUACGCUUGCCUCGGAGAUCAGUAUGCCUUCAUUGCGGCCUUCCCGCUCGAUCUCUCCAUCUCCAUCGAUUGCCACCGAAUCGGACACCUCCGACGCGUACGCCGACGCUGAAUCAGACGGCGGAACAGAAACCGGCGCCCACACCCCGCGCGGAGCCUCUCGCCGCCUGACGCCCCGCCGCAGCCCCAGCUCCGCGGAGAAGAACGAGGAAUACAUUGAGAAGCUAUACAAGCUCCUCACACCUCUCCAGCCGGACCGAAUCGAGGGAGAAGACUCCGAGACCGACACCAGAGCAGCGAGCUCCACUGCACCGGCGUCCGAACCCGUCAGUCCCAUGUCGACCAUCCUCAGUCAGCCCAUCAUCAUCGAUAUCUCGGACCCGCCUGCCAUCACUGCCACCGCCACUGCGCCCGUUCCCGUCCCGUCGCAGGCACAAGGUAGGACGACGAGGUCUGCGCCGGCAUCGGUGGACGUCACCCCGCCCGCGCUGCGCAGAGGGGCGAUGAUCAACCUCGAGACCCCCAUUGUUAGGCUUAGCGCUCCUGCUUCCACCGCCACCGCCACUGCCGUCGGUAACAACAUCGGUAUCGUGCCCGCGCCGCACGCCCAGGUCGAUCGGGACACGGGCAAGCAGUCUCGAGACGAAGAUAGCAUAUCCGCACGUACCGCGAAGGCGAAGGAGAGGGAGAAGAGGGAGACGUUGAUGCACGUCGACGAUGUGUUCAGCGAGGGAGCGACGACAGUCGAGUCUGAUCUAAAGCCCCAGGUCGCCGAGACGCCGCUGAUUUUGCGGCGGAGCAAGUGUAUCAAGGAUGACCUCGAGUAUCUGGAUUAUGACCCCUUCGCAGGCAUCAGUGAAGAGUUCGGUAUGUCAGGCGGGGAGAGCGAUAGCGAAGGUGAGGUUACCGGUGGAAGGUCGGAGCCGAAAUCGACGAUGGGUGUUGAGGAGGCAGAGGGGGAGUAUGGUAGCGAGGCUGAUUUCGCCUCGAUUGAGAUCGACUGA